UUCCAAUCACAAGCUCCAAACAAGCACAGCAAACCAAUCCAGAGUACCAUCGGCUAUCAAUCAGCAGGAGGAAGAAAUAGCUGCUCGAUCGGGGAAGAAUCAAGAGGCUCGGGGAAGAUGCAGGCGGCGAAGGAGAAGGUGAAGGACGGGGUGAGCGCGGUGAAGGCCAAGACCAAGAUCACGCAGGCCAAGGCGUCGGAGAAGGCGGAGGCGGCCACGGCGAGGUCGCACGCGGAGCGGGAGCUGGCGCACGAGCGCGGCAAGGCCAAGGUGGCCGCGGCAAAGAUGGAGCUGCACCAGGACAAGGCGCUCCACCGGGAGGAGGCCAUGGAGCACCGCAUCCACAAGCACGGCGGCGGCGGCGGCCGCCACCACCACAAGCACGGGGUCGGCAUCGUGGCCGCGCCCCCGCCGGUGGCCGGGGCGUACCACCCUCCUCCCGCCGCCGGUGGCCACUACUACUGAUCAGCUAGGCAGCUCGAUCGCUGGCUAGAUGGGCACGUGCGUCGCGUCUGUGUGAUGUGAUCUCGAUAGCUAAUAAGCCUCUACUUUGUACUGUUUGUGUAAUGACUUACCAACGCGUGCUUUUUAAUUUUGCACUUGGUGUUGAGACGAGAACUCUGUAUGUGUGCAUAGAUGGAUGCGUGCGACCUUGUUGGUUGCUUUUCCC